AUGAUAACUACGGCGCGGCAGCGGCAGUUAGCUGUAGAGGAGCUCCAGGCACUGCGCCGCUUGGCUCGUGACGAUGCCACCUUGGCCCGUUUCACAUCCCUUCAGGGCCCGGGGGCAGGUGCAUGGGUUUCGGCGGUUCCGGCUCACUCAUAUCUCACAUUCACUGCGGCUGAGUGGGGCAUUGCUGCUGCUAUACGGCUCGGCCUCCCAAUCCAGCAGCUGCAGGUGGCGGGGAGGUGUGUUUGUGGCACAGCGUUUGUUGACCCAGCAGAUCCGUACCAUGCCCUGAGAUGCAGGCAUCAGCAUGGUCCUUCUCGGGUGCAUGAUGAGGUGAAGUUUGCGGUGGCGAAGAUCUCUAAGGCGUCGAGGAGGGUGGUGACAAUGGAGGAUAGUGUGGUGCUGCAUGGGAAGCGGGUUGAUGUGGCGGUGCGACGUCCAAUGGCUGGAGAGGCUCACGCCCUAGAGAUCAGCGUCGCGGACCAGCUAUCGCUGUCUCCAUCACUGCUGGGACAGUGCGGGCGUCAAAUAGGUGUGGCGGCAAGGGAGUGGGAGCUCCGCAAAACGAGUGACUACGCGCCUCUGCUUGCACGCAACCGGGGCGUGCAGUUCACCCCUUUGAUAGUUGAGACGUGGGGGUGUCUCGGCGGUCGUUUUCAGCGGUGGCUUCGUCAGCAGGGGGAUGCGUACGUGGGACUAGCUGUGUCGCGGGGGGCUUGUCGAGAGGACGACUCUGUGUUUUCGGCUUAUCUUUUAGGGUCACUGAAGGCGCUCAUCGGGGUGGCGUUACAACGGGCGCAAGCCCGUGUCAUCCUGCUUCGAGCAGUGUCUUCCAUGGGGGGGAUUAACGUAGAUUUGGUGGAUCGGGAGAGGGACGAUGUCGAUGUGGAAGGCGGGGCUCUCUGGGUGGAGGCCCCGUACAUGGUCGAUACCGCAAUCUCUGGUUGUCAUCCACCUGAAGCAAUGGCUGCCGCUGCUUCCAUGGCUACCAGCGUUGCCCUGAAGAGCCUCAGCUCUUCCUUCUCCGGUGCGGCCGUCGCUGCUCCCCAGAAGGCUGUGGCCGCCAAGGCCGGUGCCUUCACCUGCCGUGCCCAGAAGUCCGAGGAGGAGGUUGUUGUUUCCCGCAGGAACGCUGUGACCCUCCUCGCUGGUGCCGCUGCUGCCCUCACCCUGAAGGCUGCCCCCGCUCAGGCUGCCUAUGGCGAGGCUGCCAACGUCUUCGGCAAGGGCCCCGGCAACACCGACUACAUUCCGUACAAGGGUGCGGGUUUCUCCAUUAACCUUCCCUCCAAGUGGAACCCCAGCAAGGAGGUCGGCGAGUUCGCCAACAUCGUCCUGAGAUAUGAGGACAACUUCGAUGCCCUCGCUAACGUGGUCGUCAUUGCUGAGCCGACCAGCAAGGGCUCCAUCAGCGACUUCGGUUCCCCCGAGGAGUUCCUUGAGAAGGUCUUCGCUGGUGAGACCGCUUCCGAGGGUGGCUUCGAGAAGAACGCCGCUGUCACCGCUUCUGUGCUGGAGUCCUCGUCCGAGAAGGUUAACGGCAAGACCUACUACAAGCUGAACGUUCUCACCCGUACCGCUGACGGUGGUGAGGGUGGCAGGCACCAGCUCUUCACCGCUGCCGUGUCUAACGGCACGCUUUACAUCUGCAAGGCUUCCUCCGGUGACAAGAGGUGGUUCAAGGGUGCCAAGAAGUUCGUUGAGGGCACCGUCGGCUCCUUCGCUGUCGCUUAG